CAGCAUCGAGCGCCUGAUUGACGUCGAGGAAGAAAAAGAACACAAGAUCGGAUUACAAGAUGGCGGUCUGUGGACGUUAGCAAGGAGGCCAUUGGAGUUGUUGUGCUCUGUGUAGAUUUUAUAAACUCCUGUUGAGUUGUUUCACAUCCUAAACGUAAUGUGUUUAUAAAAUAGCUACUUGUAUAUUUUACUGUGAUUGUGAACUUUGCUUGGACGUGCAUGUUUUGUAACAUGCAGGUGGAAACAAAGUUAACAGGUCGAGGGUAGGAAAACACCAGACGGGGUGAGGUGAUAGCCUGUUAGCAGCCAGCUAGCCUGCUAGCUCCGACUCGGUUAACCAUGUCGGACACUCGGCGGCGAGUGAAAGUAUAUACGCUGAAUGAAGACCGACAGUGGGACGAUCGGGGUACCGGACAUGUCUCGUCAACCUUUGUCGAACGACUGAAUGGUAUAUCAUUAUUAGUUCGAGCAGAAUCAGACGGAUCACUACUAUUGGAGUCGAAGAUAAGCCCAAAUACUGCAUAUCAGAAACAACAGGACACGCUAAUUGUCUGGUCAGAAGCAGAUAACUAUGACCUUGCCCUAAGCUUUCAAGAAAAGGCUGGCUGUGAUGAGAUCUGGGAGAAGAUUUGUCAGGUUCAAGGCAAGGACCCUGCCCUGGACAUCACCCAGGACCCCAUUGAUGAGUCAGAGGAGGAGCGCUUCGAGGAGAUACCAGAGACAAGUCAUCUGGUGGAGCUCCCUCCUUGCGAGCUAAGCCGACUGGAGGAGAUCGCUGAUCUGGUAACCUCUGUCCUGUCUUCACCCAUCCGGAGAGAAAAACUCGCACUGGCCCUGAUGAGCGAGGGUUACAUUAAGAAACUCCUAGGUCUUUUUAGAGUAUGUGAAGACCUGGACAACAGGGAGGGACUACAUCACCUUUAUGAGAUUGUCCGGGGUGUCUUGUUCCUCAAUAAAGCUGCCCUCUUUGAGGUGAUGUUCUCUGAUGACUGCAUCAUGGAUGUGGUUGGCUGCCUUGAGUAUGACCCAGCACUGGUCCAGCCUAAACGUCAUCGGGAAUUCUUGACCAAGACGGCAAAGUUUAAGGAAGUAAUCCCUAUCACGGACUCUGAGCUACGGCAGAAGAUCCACCAGACCUACCGGGUGCAGUACAUCCAGGACAUUAUCCUGCCCACACCAUCUGUCUUUGAGGAGAACUUCCUGUCCACACUCAACUCUUUUAUCUUCUUCAACAAAGUGGAGAUUGUCAGUAUGUUGCAGGAGGACGAAAAAUUCCUAACAGAAGUCUUUGCACAGCUCACAGAUGAAGCCACAGAGGACAGUAAAAGGAGAGAACUUGUGAACUUUGUCAAGGAAUUCUGUGCUUUUUCACAAACAUUGCAGCCACAAAAUAGAGACGCUUUCUUCAAAACGCUGGCAAAUCUAGGCAUCUUACCUGCUCUUGAAAUAGUCAUGGGAAUGGAUGACCUGCAGGUAAGGGCAGCAGCUACAGACAUCUUCUCUUACCUGGUGGAAUUCAGCCCCUCCAUGGUCAGGGAGUUUGUCAUGCAGGAACCACAGCAGACAGAUGAUGAUGUUCUGCUGAUAAAUGUUGUUAUCAAGCAGAUGAUUUGUGACUCAGAUCCAGAGUUAGGAGGAGCUGUCCAGCAGAUGGGUUUACUAAGGACGCUCAUCGACCCUGAGAACAUGCUGGCGUCCACCAAUAAAACGGAGAAGACGGAAUUCCUGAGUUUCUUCUACAAGUACUGCAUGCAUGUCCUGACUGCUCCUCUGCUGGCCAACACGGCACAUGACAAAAACUCAAAAGAUCCACAGGAGGGAUCAACUAAGAUCAACCUAGUCUGUCCAGACAACUUCCAGACAGCUCAGCUACUGGCACUGAUCCUGGAGCUCCUUACCUUCUGUGUUGAGCACCACACCUAUCACAUCAAGACCUACAUCAUGAACAAAGACCUACUCAGGAGAGUGCUGGUGCUUAUGAACUCAAAGCACACCUUUCUUGCUCUUUGUGCCCUGCGUUUCAUGCGCAGGAUCAUUGGCCUGAAGGAUGAGUACUACAACCGCUACAUCAUCAAAGGGAACCUAUUUGAACCUGUUAUUAAUGCCCUGCUGGACAAUGGCACCCGAUACAACCUCCUGAACUCAGCCAUCAUAGAGCUCUUUGAGUUCAUUAAAGUGGAGGACAUCAAAUCUCUCAUAGCUCACAUUGUGGAUAACUUCUACAAGGCACUUGAAUCCAUUGAGUACGUCCAGACUUUCAAAGGCUUGAAGGGUCGAUAUGAACAGGAAAAAGACCGGCAGAGUCAGAGACUCAACAGAUAUCGCAGGGAUGCAAGGUCGUUGGAUGAAGAUGAAGAGUUGUGGUUCAAUGAUGAUGAUGACGAUGAUGAUGGAGAAGCGGUGGAGAAGAGGAUGGAGGAUGACUUCUCUGACAGCUACGGCAAGUACAUGGAAGCCAAAAGAGGAGCUGCCAACGGAGCUAAUAUUGGCACCAACAACAACAGUAAAGCUGUUGUGAUCCCACCUUUACCACCAACCAACACUCCAAACAACAGUUCAACUUCCUCUCUCAAAACAGUUUCUCUUCCUGCCACACCAGUAGUGAAGACUGCUCUGGUUGGUUUGGUGGACUACCCUGACGAUGAGGAUGAUGAUGAAGAUGAAGAAGAUGAGGAGGAAGAGCAGACUCCAAGAAAGCGGCCCCGUCUGAACUCUUAAGGAUAAUUGUCCUUGAAUUGGUUGUGAUGGAUGGAGACUGAGUCUCUCCCAUCCUCCCUCCUUUGGUUGUCUCAUUGGCCCUUGGCCUACUUGUGCCACCUCCUCAGUCUCACUGAGUAGACGGGCAAAGAUGAGAACCCACUUCACUCAGUCCCUCCAGAUUUCUACUCCUCUUUUUUUCCCCUUAGGGGAAAGAGAUGGAUAGCUUAUCUUUUACUGGAAACAGAGAGAGCAGUCUGUUCCUUCAGCCUGUCAACUUAACCUCUUCCUUUUACCAACAGCCUCGACCAGGAGGUCCCCAAAACACCUUUCUUCCUCCCAACCUUUUCCAAAUUCACCCCUGCUCUCCUAGUUCACGCCUCUUUUUGAACUACCUCUUUCUUUCUCCUUCUCAUCCACCAUCGUACUUACCGAUCAGAGAGGCUGCAGGGGAGGGCCAAGGCAUUUCUCAACUCUGUUGUUGCUACAGCAACAGAAGCAAGGAAUCUGCGGUACUACAGCAAACCCAGAGGAACCCAAACGCGUCCUUUUUUGAACUCUCCCUUCCAUUCCUCUCGAACCCGAACUGGUGAGCUCUACAGACGGAGGAAGCCAGAACACAACCAGCGUGUGAACUGUUCAGCAGGCCAGUCAGGCUAGCAGGACUAGCAGUUAUAGUUGUAGAGAGCUUGACUGGCAGAAAUAGUUAAUGCACCGCCCUGCCACAGAACUGUUCCCUUUUGUUGGGGAUAAGAAGAAUCCAGGCAACAUUGAAGAAUUAAACAUAACAUCAGAAAACAGGGCAGGUAACAAAUAACAAAAUGUAUCAGGAUGAAAACAGAAAUGAGGCUUUGAUCCAGGGAAGCAGGACUCGAAAGCCAUGAGCUAAGUCUGUUUGGCCAAGGCGUACACAAUGUCUCACACACAGGACUGCAAUUUCAUGACUUUGUUAAAAACUGCUGUACAGAUGUUUUUUUCCCCCUUUUUAAUCAUUUUCCCUUGCUCUGAUUUUGAAAGGGGGGAGAGAUGCCUACCUGUGUAUUUUUUGUUGUUGCACAAAAAGGUGGGGUCACUUUUCACCCUUUCAGUCCAGUUCAUUGAUUCAAUGUAAAAUGCUGGUUUUAAAAAUAACGUAUUAAACUGCAGUAAAGUCAUUUUUGCAGCCAA